CAAUGUCUGAUUCAAUUAAACAAGAAGUUCAAGAAAAUAAAUAAAUCGAUACUUUUGAGGAUUCGUAAGUAUUUAGCUAACAAUUACCUGAUAUAUCUAUAGCCAUGAUCUAAUUUUAAUAGUAGAAUGAUCUUUAAAUCAACGAUUAAGAUGAUAAAUAGAUAAUAAAUUCAUAUGCCAAUUAAGAUUUACAAGAGUAGAAUAAAUAAUUAUAAGAACACAAUACAAAAUUACAAGAGCAAAAUACAGAAUUACAUGACAACAAUAAAAAAAUAAAAGAGUACAAUAAAAAAUUAGAAGAGCAUAAUACAGAAUUAGAGGAGCACAAUACAGAAUUAUAAGGGCAUAAUACAAAAUUACACGAGCACAAUACAAAAUUACACGACCAUAAUACAAAAUUACAUGAGCAUAAUAAAAAAUUAUAAGACCACAAUACAAAAUUAUAAGAACACAAUACAAGAUUAGAAGAGCUCAAUGUAGAAUUAAAAGAGCACAAUAAAAAAUUAUAGGAGCACUAAACUAAAUUACAGGAACAAAAUACAGAAUUACUAGAGCAGAAUACAAAAUUAGAAGAGCUCAAUACAAAAUUACAAGAGCACAAUUAAAAAUUGUAUCAAUAAUUAAGUUCAACUGAAAAUUAAAUGAAAUUGAUUAAUCAACGUUUGGACGAAUUAAAUUAGGAGAAAAAUCAAAAUCAAACAAUAGUUAAUGAUCUCAAAAAGUUAGUUGACUAAUAAAGAGAUUUUAUUAAUUAAAUCAAUAAUGAUUAGGCUUACUUGGAUUUGACUGAAUCAUUAGAAAUCACAUUGCAGAGAUUAAAAGAAAUGGAAAAGAAGAAUGAAAAGUUAAUGGAAGAAAAUCUCCAUUAUAAGACAAAGUAUGAAGAAAGCCUAACUUAUAUAAAAAACAACAAGGAAGAAACUUUGAAUCAAUAAGAUAGGAUAGAUGAAUUGAGUCAAAAUUAUUAAUAAUCAUCUGAAGACUAAUAAUCAAAAAUUAAAGACUUAGAAAAUGAAAUUAAAUCACUGUAAAAUUAAAUUUCAAAUAAAUGA